AUGCAUUUUUUUGAAAAAGUCCUUUUUCUAAACAUGAUUAAUUUAAAAAAAUUAUUUCUACAUUCAGUAAUUUACAUGCUAUAUAUAUUUCCUUAUAUGAUUAAUUCAACUAAUUUUAGUUCAAAUGAUGAUUAUAUAGAAAAAGGAAAUAUAAAAAGAUCAAUAGAAGAAAUAAAUAAUUUUAAAUAUGAUAAUGAAAAAAUUGAUGAGAUAUCUACAAAUAAUAGAAAAAAAAGAGACAUAAUAAAAUCACAUUAUAACUGGACUUCACCAAUAUUCUACUAUUCGGAUAGUCGUAUAAAUUAUAGGAUUAUAAAACAAGCAAUAAGUAUUCUUGAAGAACACACAUGCUUAAAAUUUGCAAAGCCAAACAACUUAUUUCGAAUUCCAACAGGUAUCCGAUUCCUUCGAUCACGCAAAUGUUAUGCCUCAUUAGGAAAAAUUGUUGAUAAAGGCUGGCAAAUUAUAUAUGUUGGAAAAGAAUGUAAUACGGUUGUAGGAGUAUUACGUUUAAUAAUACGUACAUUAGGAAUAAUAUAUGAACAUUGUAGGUUGGAUAGAAAUUUUUUUAUUAAAGUAUAUGAAGAAAAUAUUGCUCAAAGUAGCAAAGAAGAUUUUCAAAUAUUACCACAAGCCAAAAUUAAACAAUUACAUUUACCUUAUGAAUAUGGAUCUUUUAUGCAUUUUGGAAUGUUUACUGGAAGUAAAAAUAAAAUGAAAACUUUAACACCAAAAGAUCUUCAUUAUAAAUAUACCGUAGGACAACAAGAAUCGCUUACGUUUAAUGAUGUAAAAACUUUAAAUAUGCAUUAUUGUUCUAAAGAAUGUCGAAUCAGAAUCCCAUGUUACAAUUAUGGAUAUCAAGAUCCUAAUAAUUGUUAUAAAUGUAUAUGUAUUGAUGGGUUUGAAGGUAUACAUUGUGAAAAAUUGACAAGAUCAGCACCAUGGUGUGGGCCGAAAGAACUGUAUGCAAAAGAAAAACCUAUAUUUUUUAAGUUGGUUGGAAAAAAAAAAUGUAUUUAUCACAUAAGAUCAACUAGAAAUAGACAAAUUAAAAUUGUAAUUUUAAAAAUGAGAAUGGAACCUACGUAUACAACUACUUGCUCAAUUCAUAGAUCACUAGAAAUAAAAUUUUGGUUGGAUAAAUCUGUAUCAGGUGCGAGAUUUUGUUUCCAAAAGUAUUCUAAAAUUAUAAAAUCACAGUCUAAUCAUGUUAUUUUAUAUUAUAGAAGUAAAGAUGCUAGAAGCUAUGUUUAUUUAUAUUUUAAAGAAGCGUCUCAAAUAAACAUACAUAGAGAAUAG